AUGGACACUUCGUCGGUCACAAAGCGAGAGGCCGAUGAUAAGACGGAAAAUGAUCAUCAUGAACUCGAUCCACUUCAAUGGCUUUCUUUACCAAUGUACCGAGCUGCCGCAUCAGGCAUCAAGGAUAUUGUCGAGAAGCUACUGCAGUUCGGGGUGAAGCCAAACCCGUCAAAAGGUGCAACUCCCGACGGCAACAGUUACCUACGCGCUGCAGUGGGCAAGUCACAAUACCAAUGUGCCAAGUUACUUAUCGAUGCAGGUGCAGAAAUGACACAGGGAAGCGGCGACGUAAACACUCUCCUUGGACACGCUGUCGGAUGGGCCUCUGGCGAAAUGGUUCAUCUGUUGCUUGAGAAUGGUGCUAGAAUUGACGAACCAAACACAUAUGGCGAAAUACCCUUGAUCAGCGCUGUAUACUGGGGCUGCUUCGCUGCAACCAAGGCCAUACUCUCUUACCAAGACUAUCGUGAGUACUACGUCGACGAGCCGGGCAAAAACCCCGUCGACGUGGCCGUUGAACAUGGACAUUACAGAUGCCUCAAGAUCGUACUUGAUCAUGGAUUCAGUCCCAACAUUUAUACUUCUGGCGGUGACACAGCUCUACGAUGCGCCGCAUACUACGGAAGAAUGGAUAUCUUCGAGCUAUUGCUGAAAAGUGGUGCUGAUCCAGAUCUGACUCCCAAAGGUGCUGUGACUACACCUCUCAUACAGGCAGUGACGCGGGGAGAUCUUGAGAUGGUCAAACUUCUGGUCAAGUACAAAGUUACUAUUGACACUCGCGAGACAUCCCCGUUGACUCGAAGAAACCUGCAAUCGUACAGUAUCUUCUCGCACAAGGAGCAGACCCCAAUGUCCGUGACUCAGAGGGUGUGCCCCCAAUCGCCUCUGCAGUUAAAGCCGGCGAUCCAGACGUGGUACAGUGGCUUGUAG